CCGGCUCGCAGCGUCUGGGCAGCGGCUGAUGCCCGAGGCGCUGCUCGUGAGGCGUCACCGAGAGAGUGACGGAGCUGAGAGAAAGCCCGCGGCUUCAGGAACAGGAGGAGAAGGAGCGUCACUUACCGGACACAUACACACACCGGGAGCGGCGGCGGCGACAUGCAGUUGGAGAAACCCAGCCCAUCGAGGAGCAAGACUGGCGGCUUCUUCCUUUCUCUCAACCCACUCUUACAUGAAUUGCCCAGUUAUCAGUCGCUAAUUCGAAGGACUUCAGCUGGUAAAGGUUCAACCAAACGCAGAAACACGGCCCCCAGCUAUUUGUUUACUUCACUAACUCACAGAAGAACUGGUUCAGAUGAGUUAGAACAGAACAUUGGGCCAUUACGAGAAAUGCCUGUUAGCAUUGAAGAGAAGAAGCGAAUCAGAGCUAGUCCAGAUUAUCAAACAUACAUGUUAACAAAAUACGAUCAAGGUCGUCUAUUUAGAAAAAGGGCAAGAUUUAUUCAAACUGUCAAGGAGCGUUUAUCCAGCCUCUAUCUUUGGAAAACAGACAUUCAUGAUAUUGAAGGCAAAUUUGGCACUGGAAUCCGAUCUUAUUUUUCCUUUCUUCGUUUUCUGGUUUUGUUGAAUUUUGUGAUAUUUCUUCUAAUGUUUACCCUUGUCAUACUUCCAACCAUCAUUUCAACGCACCAAGUUGUUAACACUACACAUGCCGAAGUUCCAUCCUCUGUAGUAGCUCAAGAAUGCACAGUGUAUGAACAGCCUAAAACCAAGCUUGUCCUUUUCUAUAGUUACGUGAUUAAUCUCUUCUCAGGAACAGGGUUCUUGGAGCAGACAUAUCUAUUUUAUGGAUUUUAUAAAUUUGAUUAUUUGAGUUCUGGCAAUUUUCACUAUAACCUAUCACUUGCAUACUUCAUGGCAACGUGCUUCUAUAUCCUGUUGAGCUUAUUCUGGGUAGUGAAAAGGGCUGUGGAAGGUUUCAAGCAAAGCUUCAUAAGAUCUGAAGAUCGAUUUCAGAGUUUUUGUAAUAAGAUUUUUGCUGGUUGGGACUUUUGCAUCACUGACCAGCAUGCUGCAAAGCUGAAGCAUAGCAGUCUCCAGUAUGAACUGAAAACUGACUUGAACGAAGAAAGAAUGAAACAGAAGAUUGCUGAUAGGACGAAGAAGGAAAAGUUCAGAAUCUACCUCUUAAGAGUUUUCUUGAAUUUGGUAGUUUUGAUGAUAUUAUUCGUUUGUUUUUACUGCAUUUACGAAACUACUGUUUUCUCACAAAAAGCUCAUAAAAGGUCGGCAGAUAAUGUUGAAGGCUUCACAUCUGAUCUAAUAGUUGAGUACCUGCCAUCUAUUGUUAUAACAGCAGCUAACUUUAUCACACCACGUCUGUUUGAACGAAUAAUUCAGUUUGAAGACUAUUCACCGGCCUUUGAGAUAAAAUUUAUUCUUAUUAGGUCUGUGUUUGUGCGAUUGGCCAAUAUUAUUGUUCUUUUGCUGAGUUUGUGGUCACAAAUCACGACUUGUGAUGAUGACGCAUGCAAACCAUGUGGCUACAACAACAAAUUGUAUCCAUGCUGGGAAACCCGAAUAGGACAAGAAAUGUACAAGUUAAUGAUAUUUGACUUGAUAAUAAUUUCAUCAGUUGCAUUGUUUGUGGAAUUCCCCAGAAAGUUAAUUGUAACGUAUUGCACAUGGGCCCCAUUCAAGUGGUGGGGUCAGCAGCAGUUUUCAGUUCCUCAAAAUGUGUUAGAAAUUGUGUAUGGUCAGACUAUCUGCUGGAUAGGAACAUUUUAUUCCCCACUGCUCCCUGGAAUAGCAACCAUCAAAUACUUCAUCAUAUUUUAUAUCAAAAAGAUAUCUCUGAUGAACAACUGUCGCCCUUCCACCAGACCUUUUCGGGCAUCAAGCUCUAACUUCUUCUUUCUGGCAGUGCUGUUAAUUGGACUUCCUUUAGCCUGUGUGCCUAUUGUUUUCAGUGUUGGAGUGAUCAAAUCAUCCAAAUCUUGUGGGCCAUUUGUUAAAUACAAUAUAUCAUGGCAUGUCAUACCAGCAACUAUCGAUCGUUUCCCCAAGGGCUUUAACAAACUUCUGUAUGGUUUGGCAUCUGAGGCUUUUGCAGUGCCAUUCUUUUUAUUUGUAUGCCUUAUCCUUUUCUAUCUGGUUGCAUUGGCUGGAGCACAUAAACGAGUCAUUGAUCAGUUGAGAGAACAACUGGCUAUGCACGGUCGUGACAAACAGUACCUUAUCAAAAAACUGACGAGAGAUUCACUCAUUUUGAAGAAGAGAUCUACCAUGUCUAGCAUUCAGGAAAACUGAAAUAAGACCAUUUCAAAGGUAGCAUUACCUUGAUAAGAGAGGUAUGCUGUGUGUUGUGAUCACCUACUAUGUCAGGAACUUUUCUUCCAUUGCUCACUUUUAUUGAAAACCCUUCCUGAACGUUUUGUUGCUGAUCAAGGUAAAUGAUCGCUCUAUAAACAUUUUUGAAAGUAUUUCUCAUAAAACUUCUUAACUUCUGCCUCUGCUGUAUUAAAAGUCAUAUUUUUAUGGGCACAAAUUCUUGCAAAUAUUCAUUUUUUGUAAAUCAUUUGGAAAACUUUUUUCAAAAAAUUAGCAUAUUUCUUCUACUUGUAUCUCUUUUUGUACAUCUAAUUAUUGUUAUACUGUUCCUGUUUAUUAACGGAUGAUGCCUUUAAUAUUUGUCUAUGUAGCAGUGGAAGAAUGUCUUAAUACUGUGAAAGAAGCACAAUGUUUACUAACCAAACACAUCACUACAAACUGCUAUCCAGUUCUACAACAUCUAAGACAAACAAAAAUAAAGUGCUAGAGAAACUCCGUAAGUCUGUGGAGAGAGAAACAGACUUAACAUUUCAAAUCCUUCUUCCUUAAAACUGUCGUGCAGUUAACGUUUUGAGUCCAGUAUGACUGUUUCGAAGAAAUGUCAUACUGAACUUGAAAUGUUAAAUCUGCUUCUCGCUCCUCAGGUGCUCCCAGACAUGCUGAGUUUCUCCAACCCUUUUUUUUGUUUUGGACUGCAGGAUGUUGCUUUAAAUUGUGUACCAACUACUAUGAUGUUGACAACUUUGCUUCAAAACUUCUAAUGAUUAUUUAUUUGAAUAUGCUGUCUCCUUUCCUGUGCCAGUUUUUGCAAAUCCCAUUUGUUUGUGAAAUUUAUUUUAAUGUCGAUUUUAAUGCUACUACAUACUAUACAACUGGUUUUCUAGGAGACUGUGUAGAAAAUAUGUAAUCAACACAAUGAUAUCUAUAGCUGCUAUGGCUGCUCAGAAUGCAGAUAUUUUACAAUCCCAUCCCCACGUUGGGCAUAAUUGAACUCGAGUAUCCUUGGUGUGCUCAUGUUGCAAGCAUACCUAGUAUUGCACCUUCGUUCCAAUCUAAAUCACAUGCAUAUAACGUGAUCUGCAAUUUCUUGCUACUCGCACCCAUUCCUAUCAGCCUUACAGAUCUGUUUGUGCCUUUAGUAAAUUAUGUAGAUGUCCUUACAGUUUGUGAUUAAAAGUCAGUAAGAAAAACCAGCUGAUGAACAGCUAUGUCUACCACACAGUGUACCUGGACAGCUUCACUCAAUAGUGUUGGUUUCUGAAAAAAAAUAACAAUUAAGGGAUUUUCUUCCAUAAUUUUGUAAACAUUUACAUGGUACUUCUGGCAUUUCCAUAGAUUAUUUGCUGAGGUUACAGUGGAUAAUUAGGAGAACCUUCAUUACCUACAUUAGUAAUAUCUUUAUGAAACAAACCGCGAUUAAUGUAGUUUUGAAGAGAAGUGUGCAUUUGUCCAUCAAUUUAAUCAGUAUGUACUAUUUUAGAUUGAUAGCAAUAGAUUUAAGAUUGCUUAUAGUUUGCACUUGCAGUGUCCUCUUCUUUCCUUUAAUGUAGCUCCCAUCACAGUUUGUUCAUAAUGUGUAUUAGUGUGAGUUAGCCUGUUCUCCAACUUGAAAGUAUCAACAGUACAGGAAACUUGCUGGUAAAAUUAUUGGGCCUGACCUUGCUGUAAAAUGUUGUUGUGUUACCACUGCAGGCCAUUACUUAUAUGACAUUCAAUCAUCACAUACAAGGCUGUUCAGCAAGUUCCAAAUCUCCAGAGUUUGCUGAUCAAUUAAUGCCACUUUUCACAAAUAGCAUCUUGUUCUUUGCUAUUCUGUUUCUUUUCAAAAGAUACAAACCCAAUAAGUUUUGAAAGAAAUAGCACCUAAGGGCAAGGAGUUUUGUGCAUAGGAAGUGGUGUUAAUUAACAGGAAGACAAAUCUGCUGUUUAUGAUGUAAUUUUUAAAACAAUGACAGAUGUUAAUGUAAUGCUAAUUAAUAUCAACAUCAGAAAUGAACAAAUUUGAAGUGUCCAGCCUCAUUCCUUCAUGUAACCAAUUGUUGAGAGUUUUUUUAAACUCUCUUUUCUUAUUCCUUUGAUCAUCUCACUAUAAUAGUUUUUUCUCUGUUCUGUUUCUGCAGAUGAUUUAACUCUUAUUUACAAUCCUUUUCUCCUUUUAUGCUGUUUCUUUCUUGUUCCUAAAAUCUCAUUGGAUCAACAUUGUUGGUCUCACUGUUCACUAAGAUGUCCGAGGGCCUCAGUGCUCCAUUAUCCACUGCAGCAAGUCAUGGUGUGAAAAUAUUUUAAGCUAGGGAAAGUCUGCCUGUUGACCUGUACCACAAACUCCAGUGAAAUAUAUUCCAUUAUAUCACGUUUCAAUAUAAAUCAAGAGUAAUUUUAAGAAAAAGCAUGACAAAAAAUGUUGUCUUAUACUGUGCACUUCUGAAAUGGAGCAGAAAAUGUCCUAGGGAAACAAUGUCUAAACACUAACUGAUGUGAACAUGGUUUCACUUAACAAUUGCACUUGUUGCCUAAAAAGGGCAUAUCACUUACACCGAAUAAUGCAAAAUAUUCUAUUGAUGCUGUCAUGAAAACUAUGUGUAUACACUACAGUAUUUGUGAAGACUGUCACAUCAUUUUGAUAUAACUGCUGAAUUUUACUAUGGUAUAAAAACUUUGUAGUUCUCUCUAUAGUUCCACAAACAGUGAAUUGUCAAAUAAUUGUUUGGUAGUACAGAACUUUAAUACUGAUAGAAAGAAGCGACAACCUGAUAAAACUUUUUGCUUUGUUAGCUUCUUUAAUUAGCAUUCUUGAGAAAUGACCUAAGGAGUUGAAGACAAAAAGCUUUGACAAAAUGUUUCUUUUUCAGCAGUCAUGAACCUCAUCAAUGACAGAGAAAUAAGUGGCGACACUUGUAUUAGUCAACUUGGGCACAUUAGCUGAAACUAAGAAAAAUGUCUAGUUGUAUUUUUAGUCUGAAAGGAGUUUAAGAAAACCUCUGGAUUAACAUGCUCACAUUGGGAUUUUUUUUAGCAUUAGGAAAAGAGUUUUGAUUCUCUUCUUUCUAACAUAUCUUUUGGCAAAGCUUUCUUAACACAGCCACAGACUCAUGGACUAAAUAUUUUAGUUCACAAUAUUUCCUUCUGUAAUAAACAUGGGGCCAAAUCUUCAGUCAGCAUCUGACCUGCUGUGUCUAAGCUGAUCAGCUAUAAAACUGCACAUUUACCUGGUUAUCUUUGGAAGGAUCCAACUUCAAAUGCAAUAUCUUAAAUAUCUGUGAGUACAGAAACCCUGUCAGAGAUCUGUGAAGAGGAUGUGCAGAAGAUAACCCCCAUUCCCCCAAUUUUCUAUAGCAGCACUGUUAGUGAAUGAUGAAUAAGGGUUAUAUAGGUAGGUAGGUUGGAAUGUGACGUAUUUGGUUAGGUGGUUCCAAAAGUAGUCAGAGUGGGUUAGUAAGGCUAGUUGGGGAUUUAUCAGGUUGGGCCAAGAGGGUAGUCAUGUCUGGUUGGAUCAUAGUCAGCUUGCAGCUAUCCUGCCAGGUUAUGAGGGAUAGCAUAGUCUCAAAAGGGUGUUGGGUCGAUGAAGGGCAAAAAGUUAGUUGAGGGUGUGUCAGAGUAAAUCACACUUGGACUGUUAAGUAAAGGAUAUGUCAGGAGGUAUCAACAUGAGUGAUAGGGGUGGAGAGGGAAUCAGUUCUGAAGUUACUGAGGAGUUAGACUAGUUCUUCUAUGUCUAAAAUUUCCUGGAUGACUGUUCAGUUAAGUGCCAUGGAUUUGUCUGAAGUCUGACUCUUAAUCUGAGACUUUUCUAAAGCCUUCCAGGGUGAGGUUUAAACCGUAUUCGGUGUGUCAGAAUGUCAAAAGGGUCUUGGCAUAUAUCUUGGAUUAUAUAUCUGAUCUGAAAUGCUCUGGAGAGGGGUAAUGUUUGGAUCAUAUUAUAAAUGUCUGCUUAAUGAGACAUGUAAAUGUAAUUAAAUGAUUUUUUUAAAUCUACUAACGCAUUAAUUCAGUAUAACAGUUUCUCCAGAAAACUUACUAUCAAAAAUGCUGUUAUUAUUAUUGUACAAAUGCCUUAUUAAAUUACAUUUUGUUGUGA